CCGGAGUCCAUAAAUAAAAGGGAAUUUCACAGGUGCCCGAUGAUUUUCAUUAUUUAUGAUAGAGGACGAAUUUUUCAAUUCAGAUGUGUUGUAUACUGAAAAAUGUGUAUUAUUCACGGAAUAUUGAAGUUUCUUCUUCUUGGAUACGUGCCUGGAAUCGUAUGUUAUACUAUAGAUGUAGAAACCACGAAUUGUGAUCCGCCCCUAUCAAGAAACGCGUCUUCCGUUGCUCAGGUGAUUUACAUAAAACCUUCCGCCAAAAUCUCUUGCACAUGGACAAUUCUCAUUGACGGCGAUAACUGUCUGGAGAUCUAUUACUCUAAUGGCGCGGAUCUAUUGGGAGCGUUUUUGGAGAUCGAAGCUGACAAUGAAAGAGAGAUCCAACCUUUUGUCAAUACAAGUGUGUGUUCUGUCCAUCAGGUGACGAUUUAUUACCGCCAUAACAUGACGGAUGGUCGGGUGUCUGGUACGGACGUGUAUCUCCAUUAUCUGUCCGUGCCAGAGCGGGGACACACGGUUUUAAAUGACCUUGGAACAACCACGACUUCUGUUGGAUCCACAGAAAAAAGUGGCGGAUCUAGUCCUGGUGUGAUUGCAGUCGCAGUCAUCAUUCCCAUACUUAUUAUCGGUAUUGGUGCAAUUGUAGCCUAUGUAUGGUACAGACGGAAGUAUCCAGUGCGCAUGAUCGUGGGAAAGGACUUCGCCAAGUUCAGUAACCCUGCGUACAAUAAGCGUGCCUCCACGGCAACGCUUGUGAGAGAAAACGCCGCUUUGGACGAUUACCAGAAAGACAUAGAAGAGGGUGCAGCAUACACCGGCGUUUCCCAUGACAACCCAGCGCUCAAUAUGGAGGACGAUCCCCAAUACCAACCAAUCCCGGCGCUCACACACUCUGUGGUAUAUUCUAAUUACAGACGAAGUUUUGAAGAUUCCCCUGACUUGGGGAAGAGAGCCCCAGAAAAGCCACGAAGACUUCACUCAAAUAAUGAAUCAAAAUCUGACAGUAUCGAGAGCGCGGAAGAAAACAAGAACAGUCAGACGACAGCAGGCAUUUCUCAUGACAGUGUCUUUUCCACUUAUGAUAGUGUAGAUUCUGAAGAAAAAGAUUCUCCGCUUUAUGAAAAUGUAGAAAAUAACUCUAAUGACAAAAUCAACGUAGAUAAGUCAGUAAAGGUGACGUCACAUAGAGUGAGAGAUGACGACAUGUCUCAGCACGAGAUCCAUCUCGGAGAGAUUUCGCAAGAGUACGAAGACGUAUCGCCCACAGCAACAGAAGACGAACACACCUAUGACACAGCGCUACAUAGUUCAAUAAACUCUAGUCUCAAGGAUACUCCUAUAAAAGACUCAAAGGAAGUGUCCGAAGACACUUCUGUUGACGACUUUCAAGUUUAUGAAAACGUGUCCCUUGGAGAAGAAGCCAUUAAAGAUGAACAGAAAAACUCUAUAGCAGACGGUAAUUCUGAAAAAUUGUCCCAGAAUGAUUCCAGCUCCGAGAAAAAUGAAGCAGAAGGAGACGUCUUAGAUUUCCCUCAUUCACCUGUUACUCGGGACUCGUUUCAAGAAUCAUUUUCGAGCGAAUCUUUCGUUGUCCUUGAUCAGUCUGAUUCUGCGGAACUCGAAGUCAAAAAGACUGAAAAUGAAGCGGAGCAAACUGACCAAAUUUCAACACAAGAGUCUCAAUCCUCGGACGAAGAGGAACACUUGGAUGAUGUCAAAGAAGAGGCUAUAGAUCCGAGUGAGACCCUCCCAGACAAGGGUCAGUCUCAGGAUAAAGGAGAUACGGUAUCCCCUCAGGACGCCGAGGUGGAUCCAAAGGACGCUGAGGUGGAUCAAAAGGACGCCGAGGUGGAUAGAUCAUUCGACAUGGACGUCAACAAUUUAGAUAUUUCCGUGUCGUCCAUUUCCGAUCCUGAUGGUAAAAGCUUUGACAGUGCGUUCUCGUUUGUUUCGCACGAUUUUAAAUCAAAAGACGAAUCUUCGGAUUCGUUUGAAGUCAUUUCACAUGAACAAGCUUCUGCAUUUGCAGAUAAUGUUAAGGACAAUGUAAGUGACGAUUCACUAGAGCAAACGGCAAAAAUCAUAGAGGACAAAAUACACGAGGAUUCAAAACCUACAGACAGUGAACAUGAACAACAUUCUACGGUAUCGAAAACAAUUAAGCCAGAUUUGAACAUUUCCUUCCAUGACUCGAGUGAAAGUGAAUCUGUUAAUGAUGAGGAGGACGCACCAACGGCGGAAAUAGAGAAAAUGGUGGACAGCAACAAAGAACGCCGAGAAAGCGUAACGCGAAAGAUCGCUAUAGACCACGGCAGCAUAAGUUUCGACGACUCCAGUGACUCAAGUCAUUCUGACGAGGAAAAACCAAAACCAGGCGUUUUAAGACGAGAAAGCAUCACUUUAGAUAACCCAACCUUUGAUUCGCCGAAUAUUAACAUAUCGCUCAAGUUCUCGUCUGACAAGACCGUGGAUAAGCCUGAACAACCUCGUGGGCUAACAAGACGAAAAAGUAUCACACUAGACAACCCUCUCUUUGAGAAAGAUUCGGAGAUCUCGACAGAACCAGAAGCCUCUCCUCUUGACGAUUUCCAAGUAAUAGAAGCAGGUCCUUCAGAGGGAACAAUCAGUGAAGAGAGCGAAAACGAGGCAGAAGACAUAGAAAAUGUACCUACUUCACAGAAAAAAGUACUAAAGAUAAAUAUGGACUUUGGCAAAGAUGAGGACUCGGACGACGACGGUAUUGCCAGCAGCGUCCCGUCUGGUAAAGAGUCAAAUUCUGAAACAGAGUCUUCAACGGAAGCAUAGAGACUCGGACCCCGAUCCCGACUCUCUAACGAAUGUUCUAGAAACAUAUAUAAAAGUUACUAAAACAGAAAACCAAUACGUCCUUAAAAGUUAACUAAGUUUCACCUCCAGAUUUUAAAUGGGUUUUUGUGCUCCCGUGAUAUAUCGGCGACUGCAAUGCUUAGUGAAGGAAUAAGUACCACAUUGCCUAAAGUCAAAAUUGAUACUGAUCUAAUACUCAAGAAUUUAUACACUUCUUUUAUAUGUGAAAUUGUUGUGUGAUUCAUAAUACAUAAUACAACGUGUGAUGUCGAUUACAAGGAGUUCUUUUUAUCCUUAUUUAAUUCUUUGAUUAAUCAAGGGAUA